AGCGGCGGCGGCGGAAGACAGAGAACCUCCCUCGGCGGAAGCGGCGGCUCGGCGGCCUAUCCUUCGCUGGUCGUUCGACGUAGAUGAAGUAGAUAAAACUUGAUAACACAUUUAUUUGGCGAUUUCCUUAUCACCAUGUGGUUAGAUAAUGCUCGCGUAUUGUGGUUGACUUUUAUUCCUUCGCGGCUCCGACGCGGACGCCGGCCACACUGCCUUCGGCGCUGAGGUUCGACCUGACGAAACGCGGUGUUUUUUGUAUGUGUGAGUGAAUUUGCCUUUCUUUACGUCUCCCGGUUGUUGCGAUUCUGCAUGCAAGUUAGAACUAUUUUCCCAUUGGUUUCAUGGGCUCGCCAUUUUCAGUGAUGUCUGACAUUGAGUUUGGUGAUCGAGUAGCAAGUUCCAGCUCAACGAGGAACACAAAAUCGCAUCAAACAAGGAAUUCAAUGUAUCACUCUGAUCACUCAGACGACUCUCCGGACGACAUUGAUGAAACUUCAAGCAUUGGCAGUACGUCAACCGCCGAUAACACAUCCCGCAGUGAUACACCCACAAAUCGUGUGCGAAGAGGCAGAGGACGCAAAGGGCGGAACAGGCGUUGCAAGCUAGCUUAUAAAUUUUCCACUUUCAUAAAGGAGGAUCACGGACAACCACUAUUUGGUGUGCAGUUUAACCCACAUUUAAAGGAUGGAUUAUACAUAUUUGCUGCCGUAGGAAGUAAUCGAGUUACAAUUUAUGAAUGCUUGGAGAGCAGCAGUGUGAAGUUGUUGCAGUCGUACUCCGACCCUGAUCAAGAAGAAAACUUCUACACCUGCGCUUGGUCCUACGAUGAUGUUUCCGGCGUUCCACUUCUAGCUGUAGCUGGAUCGAGGGGAAUUAUCAGAAUUAUCAGCCCAGCCCUCAUGAAGUGCCUGAAGCACUACGUAGGUCAUGGCAAUGCUGUAAAUGAGCUUAGGUUUCACCCUCAUGAUGUCAAUUUAUUGUUAUCUGUUAGCAAAGAUCACACACUGCGACUGUGGAAUAUAAAGACAGAUCAGUGCAUCUCUAUCUUCGGUGGUGUUGAAGGACAUCGUGACGAAGUGCUAAGUGCAGACUUUGACCUGCUAGGUCAGAAAAUCAUGUCGUGCGGCAUGGACCAUUCACUGAAACUGUGGAAAUUGGACAAUGCGACAUUCAGACAGGCCAUAAAGGACUCUUAUCAUUACGAUGCGAGCAAAUCAGAUCGGCCUUUCAACACAGUGAGGCAGCAUUACCCGGAUUUUACUACAAGAGACAUCCACAGAAACUAUGUGGACUGUGUACGAUGGUUGGGGAACUUUGUGCUUUCAAAGUCGUGCGAGAAUGCCAUUGUGUGCUGGAAGCCUGGCCUCCUCGAACAAUUGGAUGUCAAGCGUACGGACACUAAUGUGACAGUGUUGCAUAGGUUUGAUUACAAGGAGUGUAAUAUCUGGUUCAUGAGAUUCUCCAUGGAUUUUGAACAAAAGAUAUUGGCUCUCGGCAACCAAGUUGGCAAAACAUUUGUCUGGGACAUCGAUGUAGAUGACCCAACAACAUGCAGGAGCACUGUCUUGGCCCACCCUAAAUGUGCAAGUCCUAUCCGCCAAACCAAUCUCAACAGAGAUGGCAGCAUUCUGCUUUGUAUAUGUGACGAUGCCACAAUCUGGCGUUGGGACAGGGUUGUUCGCUGAUUUUUAUGUACGUGCCAUGCUGCCACACAGUCAAGUGUUCAUUUUCAUUGUCACUUUUUAAUUCAAUGUAUAUGUUGAUGUCUGUAAGAGUUGUGAUAUGAGCAAUUUAAAAAUAAAGCCAUUUUACAAUUAA